UGGAGCCGGUCCUGUGAGCGCGAGCGGGCGGAGGCGGGGCGCAGCGGCCUAGCUUCUCCUGUGACCUCCUCGGAAGGCCCGGUCGGGAGGGCCUGGGCACUGGCAGGCGGACGAAGCUGCCGGCCCCGCUGCUUUCUUUCCCCCACACCCCCUGUCGAGGAGCCAACAUGGCGGGCGGGCGUUGCGGCCCGCUGCCGACGGUGCUCCUGGCCGUCCUGUCCGCAGCGGUGGUGGCGGCGGCGGCCGAACCCGAACAGGCCGCGCUGCCGGCCGAGCGCAGCCUGGUGCAGCCCAUGACCGCCUCCAACUGGACGCUGGUGAUGGAGGGGGAGUGGAUGCUGAAAUUUUAUGCCCCUUGGUGUCCAUCUUGCCAGCAGACCGAUUCAGAAUGGGAGACUUUUGCCAAGAAUGGUGAAAUACUUCACAUCAGUGUGGGGAAGGUAGACGUCAUUCAAGAACCAGGUUUGAGUGGCCGCUUCUUUGUCACCACACUACCAGCAUUUUUUCAUGCAAAGGAUGGGAUUUUCCGCCGUUACCGGGGCCCAGGAAUCUUCGAAGACCUGCAGAAUUAUAUCGUAGAGAAGAAAUGGCAAUCAGUCGAGCCUCUGACUGGCUGGAAAUCCCCAGCUUCUCUAACAAUGUCUGGAAUGGCUGGUCUUUUUAGCAUCUCUGGCAAGAUAUGGCAUCUUCACAACUAUUUCACAGUGACCCUUGGAAUUCCUGUUUGGUGUUCUUAUGUCUUUUUCGUCGUAGCCACCUUGGUUUUUGGCCUUCUCAUGGGGCUGGUCCUGGUGGUAAUAUCAGAAUGUUUCCAUGUGUCAUUUCCCAGGCAUUCACCUGACCAUUCUGAGCAGAACCAGAGGUCAGAGGAGGCUCACAGGGCUGAACAGUUGCAGGAUGCAGAGGAGGAAAAAGAUGAUUCAAAUGAAGAAGAGAACAAGGACAGCCUUGUAGAUGAUGAAGAGGAGGAGAAAGAAGACCUGGGGGACGAGGAGGAAGUGGAGGAGGAAGAGGAGGAAGACAACCUGGCUGUAGGUGUAGACCGGGAGAGGGGUGAGGCCAAUGACCAGGAGCCCCUGAGAGAGGGCAGCGUGGCCGAGGAAGAAGUGGGACCAGAGAAGACCGAAGGGGAGGUUCCUGAGCAGCCCUCUUCAGCUGACACAGAAGUGGCAGGAGACUCCUUGAGGCAGCGCAAAAGUCAGCACACUGAGAAGGAACCGUAGGCUGUAUGAAGGUUUUUCCAGUAAUAGAGACCAAAGGAAUAAAUCUCUUUCCCUCCGGUCUGCAGUUUAAACCAAAUCUUUACUUUUUCCUGAGUGAACGUGCUUCUCUCAUAAAAGGAUCUCAAGUCGUGGUCUCAAGGCACUAAGCCUCAUGUAUAUUAAAGAGAAUCUUUCAAGCGUGACAAUCAGAAAACAGACAAAUACAGUGUUAGGACCUGUCUGGGGACUAAGAAUGCGAGCAAGUUUAUUUACUCGGGGCUAGAGAGUCUCGGCGAGAGGAGGCACUCCCAAGUCCUCACUAGUCCCUGCCGGACGCUGCGGGCUGCAGACUCCGUAAAAUGAAAGCAAAGUAGUCUCUACUCCUGAGCAUCCUCCGCUUGUCUAAGUGUUCAUUUUUGUCAGACUUUAUAAGAAACAUCAAGCAGCAUAUUCUAGGAACACUCUUUUUAGAGAUUGAAAUUGAGAGGGCCCUGGAUAGUGUUUUGGAAAAGAGCUUGGAAGCCAUCCCAAUCUCUGAAUCACCUUUGUUGUGUUUUAUUUCUUAUCUUUAAUUUUUUCCAGCUUCUCCAGCAUGGGCUUGGAGGUUCCCGGCACCCUUCCCAGUCCCCGCUUAGUGCCAGGGCUGAGCCGGCGUCAGGCUCACGUCAGCUGUGUUUAUUCUGACUUAAGGGUUAGAUAAUCAGGAACCACAGCCUGCGAAGCCAUGACUGCCGUGAAAUGCUGUAACCUUCAGCCAUUCAGAAGGCAGUGGGUUUCUUAUAGAAGAGUUUUUUUUUUUUUUUUUUUUUGCCAAAAUGUAGUAAUUUUUUUUCAAAGUGUUCUUUUAGCAGUAUUGUUCUUGCAGCCAGGAGUCUUCUGUGCCUUGCCACUACAAGGUAGUCUUUUGCAGAAAACUUGAAUACUGUGUUGUUUUUCCUCCCAUCUCAAGAGGUUCCCUGGCCCUUGAACCACCUUAGUAAUAAUUGCAAAACCACUUCUGGUUUUCCUUCAGCCGAUGUGCUUUUGGGGAAAGAAUUAAUGAAAGUCAGUACCUGGAAAUGAAAGAUUUAGUGUCUUUUCCUUCUUUCUUCAUUUUUGAAAUAGUUGUAUCUUUGUAAAUCUCUCAAUACUCCAUCUACUAAAAGUAUCGGGAUUCAAUUUCUUAAAAACAAAACAAAAAAAAUUCAUGUAUCUCCUUUUCUCAUACCUGGUUUAUGUCAUAGAAUAAAUUCAGAAAAUAAGAUUCCAAGCUUAAGAAAGAUGCCUAAAGUUGAUCUCUGCCUCUUGAGUCAGAGUAAUAAGGAAUGUGGGUUUAUGAAAGUUUCUUGUCCUUUUUAAAAUGAAUAUGCUGUAUGCUCCUGUCUGGCUAUUUAGAUAACCUUUUCCUUGUACUGUGUGCAGUGGGGCUCACAGCAGGAUCCAGAAUCUCCCUGCCCUCGUGUGGUUGAAUGAGGCUGUUGCCACUUGAAUAUCCCAGCAAAAGGGAGGGUUUUAUUUUGACAGAAUCUGAUUUUUAGAGAUGGUUAUUUUUCAUUCAUGUCAGUUACCUGACAGUCUCCACCCCUGGCAAGGUGAGGUUCACUAAGAGUCUCCAGUCACUGUGCUCCCCAGCACAGUAGUGGGACAUUGAGUUUGAAGCCAUCGCAGCACUGAUGGACUGGAGAAUUCUGACGUGCCCAUUUCCUGUCCCUCCCACCAUGUAGUACCCUGACACCUCCUUGCCCAAUAAAAUCUACCUUGGCUUUUUAUAAAUUUAAGACCAGUUUCCAAUUCAACUCCAAAUACUAUCUAACUGAAGAAUAACAAAAGUAUCUUUUCUACCCCAGCAGUACUUUAAAAAUUGGAGGGAGGGGAGAAAGACAUUUUGGAGAGAAGGAUACAUUAAAAGUUCAGGUAUGUGGUUAUGGGAACCAUUUUAGCUCAUUUUCCUUUUUUUAAUAUCCUGACAAAAGAUGAGUUUUUUACUAAACACCUGAUCGGCACACAUCUAAAUUAAUUUAUUUUACACUUGAGGCCUUUAGGUUUCUUUUUAGUAAAAAAAAAAAAAAAAAAAACGAAAA